GGGAACGGGGUCGGGGUUGAGGCGGAGACGGGCAGGGAGAAGAUGUGAGGUGGUCCGGACCGGUAGCCGGGGGAAGUUGACGUCCUCAUGCCGCCUGACAACACGUGCCGGCGCCCAUUACAGAAUGUUACGUCGCUCAAGACUCAGCAUAAGACCCAAUGUGAAACCUGGUGGAAGGGUUCCAUCACAAACUGGCAAGGGGGAUGACAAGACUUGUACUUCAGACCAGCAGCUAAUCUCUGAAGGAAAACCUUCCAAUGAGAAAGAAGCUGUUGAAACUCCAGCUGUUAUUGGGCCAUUGCCAGUGACACCACUGCCCAGUGCAAGUGUUGAACAUGGAGACAGAGAUGACUUGGAUGAACAGCAGGAAAAUGUUCCACUUAACAAGAAUGAAAAAGCUGAUAAAACUGGAGAGUCUGGAGCUCCAGGAAAGCCAUCUAUGGCACCUUUGCAAAGAAGGAAACGUUUUUCUACCAUGCCGAAUUUGGUCAAACCAAGAUCAACAUCUUUGUCUAUGCAGCAGUCGAUCAACCUAACAGAAAAAUCUCCUCAGCAACAAAGUCUUUUAACUCCUGUGACCAAUGUGGUAUCAUUCCCAGAUAGUUCUGUUCCAUCGCAGAUCACCACCACUGAGAAAACUCUUGCUAAAUCACCAGAAAAGCGGAAGCCCUCUUCAGGACCAAAUAUUAAACUGCCAGAAAAGAAAACCCCAAUUCCUCAAAUACCACAGUUCUCUCCCGUUAAAAACCCUCUGCACAAAGAGUCAGUUGUUGGGGUGAGUUCUACCCGAUUGCCAGUGACACGGAAAGUACUAUCUUCGCCUCUUAAGGAGAGGAUAACACCGAGUGGCACACCUACAAAAGGAAUUGUACCAUCACCCAGUGUCUCACCGGCACGACCUAAAAAUGCAAAAAUUCCAUCUGACCUAGAAAGGCUCCAGAAAGCUCGAAAACUGCGAGAAAUGCUGAAGGAGGAGUUGAAGAGAGAGAAGAAAGCUCAUAGGGAAUCUGUUCCAGUUUGGGAAGCCAGUAACCCACCAGAACGUACCAAAAUGACAAUGAGAGACUUCAUCUACUACCUGCCUGAUACCAAUCCAAUGCUAUCUUCAUUUGAAGAAGAAAGAAGACCAUCUCCACCAAUUGUAAAUAAAGAGCCAGAAGUGGGCAGUAACAAUGCUGCAAAUAUUGAAGAAGAAGAUGAAGAAUCUGAUGAUGCAGUUUUGGGUCCACGAGUUAAAGUAGCUGAAGAUGGCUCUAUUAUUAUUGACGAAGAAAGCUUAACGGUUGAAGUUUUAAGGAUGAAGACAUCUAAUAUUGUUGAAGAAAAUGAUCCCAUUUUUGAACGUGGCUCUCAGACGACCUAUUCCAGCUUCAGAAAGAGCACCCACACAAAGCCCUGGUCUGAUAAAGAAACUGACAUGUUCUUUCUCGCUAUAAGUAUGGUUGGGACGGAUUUCUCUAUGAUUGGUCAACUGUUCCCAAACAGAUCACGAAUUGAAAUAAAGAACAAAUUUAAACGGGAAGAAAAGUUGAAUUCAUGGAGGAUAGACAAAGCAUUCAAAGAGAAGAAGCCACUUGAUCUGGAUGUUUUUGGAGAGCUAUUAACUCGUGUUCUGGAGGGAGAGGCAAAGAAGAAGAAGGAAAGGAAUGGACGGGAUAAAGGUCAAGCUCUGAGAAAAUCGGCUACCAAGCGAAACAGGAAAAGCAAGAAAUUGGAAGAGACAGAAAGUGAUCUAGAUGACCCUGAUCCAGUUGAAAUGUCUGACCAGGAAUUAGCUGAGGCUGACUCUAGCACUGCAGCAGAGGGAACUGGGGCAUCCUGUGGUCUGGAAGGUACACAGAAUAAAGAAACUGUACAAAAAACUCCAAUUAAACGCAAACGAAAACGGAAGAAAAUGGAUGCUGCAGAUGCAGUGGCGAAGGACAUUACUAAAGACAUGUCAGAGGAGGAGGGUGGUAUUCAACAGCCAAAACGUAGAGUACAGCAGCGUGAGAAAGGAGCCCAGAAUGAUUCUGGUUCUGGUAGAAAAGACGGUGUUCAGAAGCCAGUUGGAGAAGCCGAAGAUGAAAGCGAUACGAUGGCCAAUGUUGAAGCAUUGUCUGACCAAGAAUCUUCUAAAAGCAAACAACCUUCACGAGCCAAGAGAAAGAUAAAGCCCAGUGAGGAAGAUAAGUUGUUAAGUGACUGUGAGAAUGACACACCAUCAACAACGACUCCCCCAGUCCCAAGAGGAGAUUCUAACCAACGUCAGUUUGCUCGGCCUCAGAAAUUUAAACCUAACUUAAAACUGGUUGGAAGGAACAAAGCAGAUAGAAAAACCACUCUGAAGCCUGCGACAUCUUAUGACAGCAUGGUUGAAUCCAGGGCCAAUGCUGCUCAGUCAAGGCCUGACUCUGCCCAAUCUGAGGCUGACACGAUGGAACCCAGGGCUGAAGCCACCCAAUCUAGUGCUGACGCAAUGAAAUCUGGAGUUGAUGCUGCCCAGUCAGAGCCUGACUCUACCCAAUCCACGGCUGAAGCCACCCAAUCUAGUGCUGACGCAAUGAAAUCUGGAGUUGAUGCUGCCCAGUCAGAGCCUGACUCUACCCAAUCCACGGCUGAAGCCACCCAAUCUAGUGCUGACGCAAUGAAAUCUGGAGUUGAUGCUGCCCAGUCAGAGCCUGACUCUGCCCAAUCCACGGCUGAAGCCACCCAAUCUAGUGCUGACGCAAUGAAAUCUGGAGUUGAUGCUGCCCAGUCAGAGCCUGACUCUGCCCAAUCCACGGCUGAAGCCACCCAAUCUAGUGCUGACGCAAUGAAAUCUGGAGUUGAUGCUGCCCAGUCAAAGCCUGACUCUGCUCAAACUGGAGCCAACAUGAUGAAAUCCAGGGAUGACACCACCCAAUCUACUGCUGAUGUGAUGGAAUCUGAAAUUGAUGAUGCUCUGUCCAGGGCCUAUGAUACCCAGUCAGAGGCUGAUGAUAACCACUUCAGGGCUGAUAUGAUGGAAUCCACCAAUGUUAUGGAACCUGGCGCCAUUGCCAUCCACUCUGGGGCUGACGUGAUGGAAUCUGGGAUCAUUGUUGCCCAAUCUGCCAACUUGAUGGAGUCCAGGGGGGUUACCAACCAAUCCGGGGACAAAGUGGUGGAGUCUGGGGGCAUUGCCAUCCAAUCUAAUGCCAACGUGUUGGAAUCUGGGGACAACGUGGAGUCAUCUGGGGGCAUUGCCACCCAAUCUAAUGCCAACGUGUUGGAAUCUGGGGACAACGUGGAGUCAUCUGGGGGCAUUGCCACCCAAUCUAGUGCCAACAUGAUGGAAUCUGGGGACGACGUGGUGGAGUCUGGGGCUGUUAGCAACCAGUCCGAGGCUGACAUGGUGGAAGAGUCACUUUUACUGGAUCAUGAUGCUUAUCCUGGAGGACGAACUGAGAUCAUAAGUGAGCAGUCAGAAAAGGAUGUCAGUAAUAUAUUGAAGUCUGAAAAAAAAGGAGCUGAUAAAGCUGAAGAGGUGUCAUCAUGUGAAGUUCAGGAUUCUGUCACUGCACCACGAUUUGUAGAGAAACCAGGCCGAUCAGUAAGGAGCCGUUUGCAGAAGCCCAAGCCAAAUUUAGGGAGAGCAGUGAUAAGGAAAGAUGCAUCAAUGCAGGAAAGAAAAACAGCUGCACGACAAGAAAAUAAUAUUGCAACUCAAGAUAUUAUGGAACUCAGUCCUGGUCUUGCUGUUAAUAAAGAAAGUGAGGCUCACCGCCAGAAUGCAAACGUUGUGGAUACAGUUUCAACACAGCCGGGCGCAGUCCAGAAUCAGUCCAAAGGAACCAAUGAAGCAAAACUUGCAGCAUCUCUGUCAGAAUCCCAGUUUCUCGAUGCUGCAUGUUCAGACACUGUGGAAUCAAAGAGCAAAAAUGUUCCUCAUUCGAUCACCGAGCGACCAAGGAAGACUGGCAAUUUUAACAAAGAACAACAAUUGGAAAAGACAUUUCAGCAUGAUGAACAGAAUGAGCAGGAGGAGUUAACAUUAGCUGCUUUUCAGGAAAAUAUCAUGAGCAAGCCAACCAGAUCUGGGAGGCAGCCCAAGCCUACAACAUUUUAUAACCCUUCAGCAAAUCAACCACCGCCAGCUCCUCCCUUCUCAUCUGAGGGAGACAGUGAGGGCAAAGUCAGAUCUAGACUGGUUCGAUCUCAGAAAACUAAAUCCAAAGUCAGCAAAGUGUUGGGUAAAAAGGAGGCUCAGAUUAAAACUGCUGGUAGCAGAAGCCAAGGAACAACAAAGAAGCCACUUGUUACCCUGAGAGCAUUCCAAGAGGAGGAGGAUGAUGAAGAAUCAGAUGCAGAACACGAGGAGGACAUCUAUCCCAUCAAUCCAGAGGAGGUCAACAAAGCACCAGCUUUUGUGCCAAUUAGCCUUAGAUCACCUGAACCUGUGCAAGCCCAAGUGGAGGAGACGAUGGAGGAGCUUGAAAUAGCCCUUAAUGUCUCAGACAAGAACUGUACUAGAGAAGCUGAACACUCACUUCUUGAGUUACGUGAUAAACGUGAAGCCAGUCAGUCUUGCACCUUUAUUCCAGAGGAAGAUUACCGCCCAGCAACUGCUGACCAGAUUGAACUUUUUGUUGAAGUUUUUGAAGUUCCAAAUGAAGGCCCAAAUCAAGAUGGGGAGAGCAGCUGUGCUGAGCUUGGUUCUGCAUUUACAGGUGUGAUCUGUGUGGACCAGAAGAGCUUGCAGGAAGAAUCUGGCCUUGCUGGUGAAGUUCCUUCCCUGCAGAUCAUAGUGUGUAGUGCUGAGAGUGUUGGUGAUAAGCCUGACAGACCUGAACCUCAGAAUGUUCUUGCAGAGAGAGAGCUGAAGGCUGAACUGGACUCACAAGAACUUCUUCUUCCAAAAGGAGAAUCAACUAAAGCUGGUUCUAGUUCCUUAGUUACUGAAGAACCUGCUGGUGCACACAACAACGUAGCCAGAAGAAGGGGCAGGUUUCUGAAACCAAAACCCAAUCUCAGCAAUUCCUCUUCUAGAAGCCGAACAAAAAAGCCCUGUCCUACCACAGAGAGUGAAGAAAUGCAAAGCUUUAUAGAGCCAACUGGAGAGGCAUUGACAAAGGAAAAGCAUGGUAUUAAAGCAGAAACAAAUUGUGAUGACUUGAUGCCAGUUCAUCUGCUAACAACAGACAGCAGUGAAGAAAAUGUAAGCGUAAAUCAGAUGACAGCUGAUGAAUCAAGUGAGAUGUCUAUAACCAAUCAGCAAGAAAAAUGUGUGAGUGACGAACAAGUAAGGAGAUCUCAGUAUCUGGACCAUGCGACCAAGCUUCUAAGUGAAAGGUUAAAAUUGUUAGUGUCUGAUGAGCAAAGCAAAUGUGUAGGAGAAGACGAUGAAAUGAACAGAGAAGAGCAUCAGGACAGUGGGUCUAAGCAUCUGCGUGAAAGGUUAAAUUUACUGAUAUCUGAUGAGCAAGGCAGAUGUGUGGGAGAAGCAGGAGGAGUAAAUAGAACUGAACAUAUGGAAAAUGGAUCCCAGCAUCUGACUGAGAAGCUAAGUUUGUUAGUAACUGACAAGAAAGACCAGUAUGUAACAGUGAGUAAUACUGAGCCCGUGGACAGCAACAUCCACAACUGUGGUAAAGAGUUAUCAAUAUGUGAUGAACAAGAGGAAGGUGUUGCGGGGGAAGAACAAGUGAAUAUGACGGCGUAUCUGGGUGAAAGGAUGUCUUCAGCACAUAAUCAACCAGACGCAAGAUUUGAAAGUCAGGAUGUUGAACAAGGGAUUUCCUCAGAUACAUACUGCGCACAGUCUGCAGUGGCAUUUUGUCAUAUUGCUAAUCCAACACUGUCCAUUGAGGCUACAGAAACAACUGCACAAGAUUUGAGCUCGAGUUACUCCCCAAAGAUUGAUGUACAAGAAUGUCAAAGUGUGGUACACCAAGAAGCACUGAACAUUUCUGAAGGAAACUUGGAGAACUUCAUGGCAGUGGAAAGCCCAAAAGGGGAGACGAUCAUAUUAACCUUGGUUGAGAUCCCAGCCUCCUCUUUAACCGGAUACAGUGAGUCCUCUGCUUCCUACAUGCCUAAUUCAGAAAAUAGCCUCGGUUUCACUACAUCAUAUCCACCUCUAUUGACUGAACAUACAGAAACUACUGCAAGAUCUGACCUCUCAGUGGAGGUACCUGCUAUACCCAGUAUGUCUGAAUCAGUAGCAGUUUCUAAUGGCAGCUCUGAAAUCUCAGUGGAGGCACCUACUAUACCCAGUAUGUCUGAAUCAAUGACAGUUCUUGAUGGCAGCUCUGAAAUCUCAGUGGAGGCACCUUCUAUACCCAGUAUGUCUGAAUCAGUAGCAGUUUCUGAUGGCAGCUCUGAAAUCUCAGUGGAGGCACCUACUAUACCCAGUAUGUCUGAAUCAAUGACAGUUCUUGAUGGCAGCUCUGAAAUCUCAGUGGAGGCACCUUCUAUACCCAGUAUGUCUGAAUCAGUAGCAGUUUCUGAUGGCAGCUCUGAAGUCUCAGUGGAGGCAACUACUAUACCCAGUAUGUCUGAAUCAGAGACAGUUUUACAAAGUAACCCCCAGCAAUGCAGCUCAAAUAUGCCAGGAUUGAAUUCGGGGCAAAUGGACAGAAAAAGGCAAGCUGCCAGUUUGAUUGAUGAUAAAGAUUCUACUGAGAAGAGACCAGAGAUGAUGUCAAGUCAGGAGGUUCUCAGAGAAAAAAUUCCACAGUCUGAGGAAGUUCUUCAAUCAAAUUCAGCUGCCUUUACAUCACCUGAGGAUUGGCCAGCAUCUUCAGCAUCCAAUACAUUGAAUAAUUACGAUCUUGCUCACAUGAGUAUUCCAUCAGAAUCUGCUGGCAGUUUCACAUCCACUCCUUUGGAUGUAGUAAACCCAACUCGCACAGAAAGAUCAACUCUGACAUCUGUACCUGUAUCUGAAGAAACAAGGAAAGCUUCACAACGAAGGAGAGGUAAAGUCACUGUGAAACCUAAUUUUUCAACCGCAAGAGCUGCACCCACGCCUGAGACCGGUCUCUCAGCUAUAAAUGCUGGGAAUAAUCAUCCUUUAAAACUUCCAAAAACUCCCAGAAAUGCACCUUCUCUACUUGAUAAAGAACAGGCACAAACUGAAGCAGCAGGUAAUUCGUCUGUACAAGAGUUUGGUGCUGAUGACUAUUUCCAUGGUGAAACUGAGGCACAAAAUGCAGCCUGCUGUUCCUCUCCAGAGAAUUUGUCUGCAGUUCCAGAUGCGGAUGCUAUGACAGGACAAUCAGAAACAAGUGCACAAGAUACAGCUCCUAUCUCAAGUACAACUCUAACAAGACAAGGACGUAAACCUCGAGGAUUUUUAUCCUUCAUAUCAAAAAAGCCUGCUGAAGGUGAAACUGAACUGAAGCCCAAGAAGAUGAAAUUUCCGAAAGCACGUGUAAUUCUCCCCCAAUUUGCUGGCAAGAGGCCCAGCACACCCACUGAAGAUGCUGAAGAUGUGAAACCAAGUGGCUCUCCUCCUGCGAAGAAGAAACUGCGUGAAAAGGCAGCUGGGAGCCGACCCAAUGCCAAAAGUGUCCCGACUAAAGUGAUGUGUAACUCCUCACUACAGAGUUGGCAGUCAGAAUCGUAUGCAGAGGAAGCCUGCUGUGCCAUGGAACAGGACACAGAGCGGGUGCCGCCAACAAGUGUGGCAGAAUAUUUCUUCAGUGACAUCUUCACAGAAGUGGAUGAACAGGAUUAAAUGCAGGGUAUAUGUAAAGCUGCUGAGUUAUUUGGUACGGGUACAUCACAAAAUAAUGUGAUUAUGUUCUUGUCUUAAUCACAACAUUGGUGUAAUGCAAUGUACGAGCCUGCACAGGCCUGGUUGCAGAACUUCCAUACUGCUGCCAAUGUAGUUACAAACUGUUGGGUAACCACUGUACAAAACUCAGAAAAUUAGCCUUUCUUGAAAAGAUAUAUCAAGGUUUUACAUGGUAAUUUAUUGUAACAAUGUUUUUAUUCAUAGAAGUUAACUAUUUCUUUAAAUAUAUUGUAAAUUCAUUCUGCAGCUAAGCAACUGUGUACAAUACUGAAGAACCUUUCAUUCACUGAAUGUAAUGAACUCUUGUUGUAAUAGAUAAUGUACACUGAACAUUGGCAACUUGAUUUACGUUUACAUUAAUGUAAAUUCUAUUAGAGAAAGGGCAUACAAGAUGUGUGCUUACUCAUUUCUGUGUAUUGUAUGAACUUCCAAUCAGUGGAAGAUGUAUGGCAUCAAAUUAUCACUUUUAAACACGGGAACCAGAAUCCAGUCAUUCAGCUUCUCAUAUAUUUUGCAAAUGUAUUUACUCCCUGAAUAAGUGUGGAUUGAAUGGAAUAUUUUGUAGAUUUUGAUGAGUUGAAAGUGAUCAUAUUGGAGCAUAAAUAGUGGAAGCCAAACCAAAAAUGUAGAUACGAAGAAAAGCAAUGACUAGAUAAUGUAAUUCAAAAGGAAAAAUUGUAUUACUGAAUUAAUUCAUUUACAUCUAGGCUGUCAGAUAAAAGUGUAUAAUGAAUUUUCAGAUUCUUUUGUGUAAAAAGAAUCUUUUGUGUACAUUUGUGUAAAAAAAAUUACAAAUGUACCUGAUUAUUACGUCUCAUUCUAAAGGUUUGUUAAACAAUUUGGGACGCAAGUCAGAAAAUUGCCCUAUGAUAACUUUGAAGAGUCUUUCCUCAUUUCCAACAUUGUUGUAAUAAUGAGGAUUGUACAAAUUUUAUGAAUAUCUGAUGAUAUAGGAAUGUUUUCAUCACUCCUUUUGUCCUUUGAAGAAUGUGCCUUGUCCAGCUCCCACAUUGAUGCUAUCUGAUGACACACCUUUGAAACAACUUAUCAAAAUGAACAAUUGCAAGUGCAAAUAAGAAUGAGCAUCUUCAUUGUCAGGUUAAUUUGAAGAGUUACUGUGAUUGAGUGAAGUUUCAGGUUGCGGUGGACAGAUUUAUUUGCAUGUCAUACAUGUCAAUAACGAGAGACAAGGUUUCUUUUUGUGAAAUUACCUGCAUUGUGUUUUUGUCAUUUGAAAGAAUUUGCACAUUUAGUCUAGAUUUUUACUUUUGGUUGAUUGACUUUUUUUUAAAUUCCUUUCUGAGAUGCAUUUCUAUAAAAUUGUAUUAAAUAUGUUCUUUUAAAUACCAUCAUAAAACUGUGCUAUUAUAUCAUCUUUUAAUAUGGGACAUAAUCACACUUAAUUUACUUUUUUUCUUUUACUUUUUUCUAUUUGAGUUAUUAUUUAAUAUUAUGCUCAGGUGGCUUUGAUAUUUUUGAUUACUUAAAUAUUGGAGAAAAUCAGAUAAAAAGGUCUUUAGAAUGAAUGAAACGGUGAACUGGUUAGCUGACCCAGCUGUGCUCCAGGUUGCAAUGUGUAAACAUCUGAAAGAGACUAUCAAAAGUUCAGAGGUUAGGAAGAAACAUAUCCAACAAUUUGUGCCAUAGUUCAAUCUCCAGUUACGGUUAUAAGUAAAGUACAUUGAGAGAUAGUAACUUGUGGAUUUCAUCCUAUUACAGUGAGACAAAUGAUUCCUGAACCUUGACCACUUUGUCUUGAACUUCUGACAGUAGUCUCUGGACAAAGUGAGUUUCUGGACCACAGGAAAUCUCUGGUGAAUGAAGAUUGUUAAUUGGGCACUGUUUUGAAUAGCACCAGGUUGUAACUUCAAAAGCAGAAAAUGAACAGAAUUAUGCAAAUCCUAUUGUUAUGCUCUUAUGCAGAACUGGGCUUUUACAUUUACCUUGUCCUUGGUUAAACAGUUUGGUCAGUGACACAACCUAAUGAUCCACAUCUGUAAUUUACUGCUCUGCUUGCUCUUCACUGGGUUGCAAAUAGGUAUGUGAUCACUUAGUGAAUCACUAGCUCAUGUCAUUUCAGCAUCUUGUUUGUUUGGAAGGAGUGUUACAAUGCUAUUGUAUAGACAAAUCCAUCUUGUAAAUUCUGUAAAUAAAAAUCAUCUAUAAUUUCUGUUU